CUAUCUAAUGACGUACCAAGCCUAUUUGCUGUAUAAUAACUUACACAGUCUGGUCUAAAAACUCAUGAUAAGAACAAAGUCCACAGAAUGUCAGAUGAAGAGAUUCCGUCAACUUCCAGAGAGCCUUUACCCGAAGAUGAAGAGGCAAAAGACCCCCCAUUUCAGCUGAAGCCACAUCCAAAGGCUUUGCCUCAGGCGGAGGGAGAGGUGGAUCCAGAAUACGAAGAGAAAAGGAAAACAGAUAGAGCGAACCGAUUUGAGUUUCUGCUCAAGCAAACAGAACUCUUUGCCCACUUCAUCCAGCCUGCGUCUCAGAAGUCUCCUACUUCACCCCUGAAAGUGAAACCUGGACGACCUCGCGUUAAACAGGAUGAGAAACAAAAUCUGCUUUCUGUUGGAGAUAACCGCCACCGACGCACAGAACAGGAAGAAGAUGAGGAGUUGUUAUCUGAGAGCAGGAAGGCAGCUAACGUCUUGGUUCGCUUUGAAGAGUCCCCAUCCUAUGUAAAAAAUGGAGAGCUGAGAGAUUACCAAAUCAGAGGUCUCAACUGGAUGAUCUCCCUUUAUGAAAAUGGCAUUAAUGGAAUCUUGGCUGAUGAAAUGGGCUUGGGGAAGACCCUCCAAACCAUUGCGUUGCUGGGAUACCUGAAGCAUUACAGGAACAUUCCAGGCCCCCACAUGGUUCUGGUUCCCAAAUCAACGCUACACAACUGGAUGAAUGAGUUCAAACGCUGGGUACCAACCCUUAAGGCAGUCUGUCUCAUCGGGGACAAGGAUGCAAGAGCGGCUUUCAUCCGUGAUGUCAUGAUGCCAGGGGAAUGGGAUGUUUGCGUCACAUCCUAUGAGAUGGUCAUCAGAGAGAAAUCUGUCUUCAAGAAGUUCAACUGGAGAUACCUUGUCAUUGACGAAGCUCAUAGGAUAAAAAAUGAGAAGUCUAAGCUCUCAGAGAUUGUCCGUGAGUUCAAAACCACCAACCGUCUCCUCCUGACUGGAACACCUCUGCAGAACAACCUCCAUGAGCUGUGGUCACUCCUCAACUUCCUGCUGCCUGAUGUCUUCAACUCUGCCAAUGACUUUGAUUCUUGGUUUGACACCAACAACUGUCUGGGGGACCAGAAGCUGGUGGAGCGUCUGCAUGCGGUGCUGAGGCCUUUCCUUCUGCGUCGCAUUAAAGCUGAAGUGGAGAAAAACCUGCCUCCCAAAAAAGAGGUGAAGAUUUACCUCGGACUGAGUAAGAUGCAGCGAGAAUGGUACACACGGAUUCUGAUGAAGGACAUUGACAUCCUCAAUUCUUCUGGAAAAACUGACAAGAUGCGUCUCUUGAACAUCCUGAUGCAGCUGCGGAAGUGCUGCAACCACCCAUACCUGUUUGAUGGGGCCGAGCCUGGACCCCCCUACACCACUGACACUCAUCUUGUAACCAACAGCGGCAAAAUGGUGGCCCUGGACAAACUGCUGCCCAAAGUCCAGGAGCAAGGGUCUAGAGUCCUCAUCUUCAGCCAGAUGACCAGGGUCCUUGACAUUCUUGAGGACUACUGCAUGUGGAGAGGUUAUGAGUACUGCCGUCUAGAUGGGAACACUCCACACGAAGCCAGACAGGAAGCCAUAGAGGCCUACAAUGCUGACAACAGCAGCAAGUUCAUUUUCAUGUUGAGCACCAGAGCUGGAGGUCUGGGAAUUAACUUGGCUACUGCAGACGUCGUCAUCCUGUAUGACUCCGACUGGAACCCUCAAGUGGAUCUGCAAGCAAUGGACAGGGCUCAUAGAAUUGGUCAGAAGAAACCAGUGCGUGUGUUCCGCCUCAUCACUGAUAAUACAGUCGAAGAGAGGAUUGUAGAGAGAGCUGAGAUGAAGUUGAGGCUAGACUCCAUUGUUAUACAACAAGGGAGGCUGAUGGAGCAGUCCAACAAGCUGGGGAAAGAUGAGAUGCUGCAGAUGAUCAGGCAUGGGGCCACUCACGUCUUCGCCUCCAAAGACAAUGAGCUCACGGACGAAGACAUCAACACCAUCUUAGAGAGGGGGGCAAAGAAGACAGCUGAGAUGAACGAGCGCAUGGAGUCUCUGGGAGAAAGCUCCCUCAGGAACUUCACUGUGGAUACCGGAGGAGCAGAGACCAGCCUCUACAACUUUGAAGGGGAGGACUACAGAGAGAAGCAAAAGCUGAGUAUGAUGGAAUGGAUUGAGCCUCCUAAAAGAGAGCGGAAAGCCAACUAUGCGGUGGAUGCCUACUUCAGAGAGGCCCUGCGUGUCAGUGAACCUCGAGCCCCCAAGGCCCCACGUCCCCCCAAACAGCCCAACAUCCAGGACUUCCAGUUCUUUCCCCCUCGCCUGUUUGAGCUGCUAGAGAUGGAGAUCCUUUUCUACAGGAAUACUAUAGGCUACAAGGUGCCCAGGAGCCCUGACAUUUCUAACUCUGCUCAGGUGCAGAAGGAGGAGCAGAGGAAGAUCGACGAGGCAGGGCCCCUCAGUCCUGAGGAGACUGAGGAGAAGGAGAAGCUUCUUACACAGGGGUUCACAAGUUGGAACAAGCGAGAUUUCAAUCAGUUCAUUAAAGCCAAUGAGAAAUAUGGCCGUGAUGACAUCGACAACAUCGCUCGGGAAGUCGAGGGGAAAAACCCUGAAGAAGUCAUUGAAUAUUCUGCCAUUUUCUGGGAGCGGUGCAAUGAACUCCAGGAUAUUGAGAAGAUCAUGGCCCAGAUGGAGCGUGGUGAGGCCCGCAUCCAGAGGAGGAUCAGCAUUAAGAAGGCACUGGAUGCUAAGGUUGCGAGAUACAAGGCCCCUUUCCACCAGUUGAGGAUUCAGUAUGGCACCAAUAAAGGGAAGAACUACACAGAGGAGGAGGACAGGUUCCUGAUCUGUAUGCUUCACAAGAUGGGCUUUGACAAGGAGAAUGUUUAUGAGGAACUCCGACAGUGUGUCCGGAACGCUCCACAGUUCAGAUUUGACUGGUUCAUCAAGUCCCGAACUGCCAUGGAACUCCAGCGACGUUGUAACACUCUCAUCUCCCUCAUCGAAAAAGAAAAUAUGGAGAUUGAGGAAAAGGAGCGUGCUGAAAAGAAGAAAAAGACACCAAAAAGCCAGACAGCUCACAAAAGGAAGGCAGAUGCGUCAUCAGAAGGCACAGGACGCAAAGAGAAGAAGGCGAGAGCCUGAAGAUGUCAUGUAAUUAAUGUAGCUCCCAGCAGGCCCAAUCCUAACUUGAAAGAUAAGUCAUUUGAUUUACGCACACAGUUCUCAAGUUAUGAUUUGGCCCAUCAAAAACAAACAGCAUUAAUCACCCACACAAAAAAUACAAAAACAACCUUCAAUAGUUGUGGAAGUGUGGCUUCUCAUUUUUAAGACAUUUUGUAUUACUCUUUUUUUUAAAUUGUUUGACCUUUGAAACUCAGCAUGCUAUAUGUAAACUCAGCAAAAAAAGAAAUGUCCUCUCACUCUCAACUGCGUUUAUUUUCAGCAACGUGUAAAUAUUUGUAUGAACAUAACAAGAUUCAACAACUGAGACAUAAACUGAACAAGUUCCACAGACGUGACUAACAGAAAUGGAAUAAUGUGUCCCUGAACAAAGGGGGGUCAAAAUCAAAAGUAAGUCGAUGCAGCUGGUGGCCUCACCAGAUACUAAGUACUGCAGUGCAUCUCCUCAUGGACUGCACCAGAUUUGCCAGUUGUUGCUGUGAGAUGUUACCCCACUCUUCCACCAAGGCACCUGCAAGUUCCUGGACAUUUCUGGGGGGAAUGGCCCUAUUCCUCACCCUCUGAUCCAACAGGUCUCAGACGUGCUCAAUGGGAUUGAGAUCCAGGCUCUUCGCUGGCCAUGGCAGAACACUGACAUUCCUGUCUUGCAGGAAAUCAUGCACAGAACGAGCAGUAUGGCUGGUGGCAUUGUCAUGCUGGAGGGUCGUGUCAGGAUGAGCCUGCAGGAAGGGUACCACAUGAGGGAGGAGGAUGUCUUCCCAGUAACGCAUGGCGUUGAGAUUGCCUGCAAUGACAACAAGCUCAAUCCGAUGAUGCUGUAACACAUUGCCCCAGACCAUGAUGGACCCUCCAUCUCCAAAUCGAUCUCGGUGUAACGCUCAUUCCUUCAACGAUAAACACGAAUCCAACCAUCACCCCUGGUGAGACAAAACUGCGACUCGUCAGUGAAGAGCACUAUUUUGCCAGUCCUGUCUGGUCCAUCGACGUUGUUGCCGGUGAUGUCUGGUGAGGACCUGCCUUACAACAGGCCUACAAAACCUCGGUCCAGCCUCUCUCAGCCUAUUGCGAACAGUCUGAGCACUGAUGGAGGGAUUGUGCGUUCCUGGUGUAACUCAGGCAGUUGUUGUUGCCAUCCUGUGCCUGUCCCGCAGGUGUGAUGUUUGGAUGUACCAAUCCUGUGCAGGUGUUGUUACAUGUGGUCUGCCUCUGCGAGGACGAUCAGCUGUCUGUCCUGUCUUCGGCAUCUCACGGUACGGACAUUGCAAUUUAUUGCCCUGGCCACAUCUGCAGUCCUCAUGCCUCCUUGCAGCAUGCCUAAGGCAGGUUCACACAGAUGAGCAAGUACCCUGGACAUCUUUCUUUUGUUUUUUUCAGAGUCCGUAGAAAGGCCUCUUUAGUGUCCUCAGUUUUCAUAAUUGUGACCUUAAUUGCCUACCAUCUGUAAGCUGUUAGUGUCUUAACGACCGUUCCACAGGUGCAUGUUCAUGAAUUGUUUAUGGUUUAUUGAACAAGCAUGAGAAAUUGUUUUAAACCCUUUACAAUGAAGAUCUGUGAAAUUAUUUGAACUUUUACAAACUAUCUUUGAAAGACAGGGUCCUUGAAAAAGGGACUUUUCUUUUUUUUGCUGAGUUUAUCUACGGAUUUGUUUUGAUUGUUUCAUUUCUUGUGUAGUUGGCGUGGUGGAGAAAUAGCAGUCUUUGUAUGUUUGUUUUUCCUCUUUCUGUGCAUGGCUGUUUUUGAAGACCUGUGUUUGACACAUUGUUAUUAUGUUACAUCAAGCGGUUCCCUGUAUGCACCUUAUAUAACCUGUUGCUUUGCACAUAUCCUCAGAUCAUUUUAUAUUGAGUUUAAUUCCAUUGAUCCUUUUAAACUAUUUUAAGUGUUGGUAUCUGAACAAAAAGCACCUGUUGUAUUUUGCUUUUCCUGUAAAAAAAUUAAAUGUAUGAGUUCAUUAAACAAAAUCCAACCUUA